GUUCUGGAGAGACAAAACUGACUAUUGAGUCUAGCACCUUGUCGGUCCUCAAUGACCUGCUGGCCAAAGUGUCCUAUACCAGCACCAUCUACCAUAUAAACACUGGAGACCUUGUCACUUUCCAGUUUGAAAACUAUGAAGCCGUGUUUCCCAUUACCAUCCAGCAGCCUCAUGUACCAGUCCUGUAUGACAUGGGAACAGAUAUCAGCUCUCAAGUUACCAUUGUCACAAAGACCUUCCUGCGCUACAAACAACUGAGGGUGUUGUUGGAUAGCAUCCGGAAAUUCUAUAGUAACAUAAAAGUGAUUAUUGCAGAUGACAGCUUAGAACCAGAGAGCAUUACUGGAGAAAACAUCCAGCAUUACAUCAUGCCUCCAGCACAGGGCUGGUUUGCAGGCAGAAAUCUGGCUGUGUCGCAGGUUACCACCAAGUACUUCUUGUGGGUGGAUGACGACUUUUUGUUUUCUGAGAAGACAAAGAUAGAGAAACUUGUGGAGGUGAUGGAGGCAGUCCCAGAACUAGAUAUGGUUGGUGGGUUAGUGCAAGGGUGCAAGGUUCACUUUUCUAUUCUGUAUGAGGAAGGAGAUGAAAACGAAGGUGGCUGCCUCUACAGGAAGUCUGGUGGGAAAUUCCAUUCCCUUCCUAGUUACCCACAAUGCCAUUUGGCCAGUGGAGUGGUCAACUUCUUCCUGGCUCGUACAGAUGCCAUGCAGAGGGUGAGAUUUGACCCGAAGCUCCAGCGAGUAGCACAUUCAGAGUUCUUCAUGGACGGCAUGGGCUCUUUGAUGGUUGCCUCAUGUGGUGAUGUGACAAUUGACCAUCAACCUAAAACAGACGGAAACCGUAAUCCUACCUACAAGAAAUUCAGAAACCCUGGAAGAAAUGAUGCAGAAUUCAGACUGCAGCUUCACUUUUUCAAAAACUACCUUAAGUGCAUUAGAUAUGGAUAGAAGACUAUAAACGAACAUAAGGGUCAGUUGUUGUCAUACAUGUUGCACUUCAUCUGAACAUUUUCUUAUUUUUCAUUUGUAUUGUUUUGUCAUUGUUCCAGAAUUGACAGAGCUUGGGAUUAUAAGUGAAAAUAGCUAUUUUGUGGCUUUCUGUUGGGUUUUAUUGUUCCUGAUUUGAUUUCUUAAUUAUUCUAUAGAAAGUUUGAUGUCUUGUGCUAUUGUUAAUAAGGUUAGGGUUAUUUAAUCUCGUUUAUUGAACUUUUAUUGUUCUGUUUUCUCCACUAUUUCUUUUUCUUCAAUAUAUCAAUGCUUUUGUUGCUAGUGUGACCUCUGUGUAGUGUCUUCUCUCAUCUGCAUUCACAACAAAAAGGCAAUGGUUAGAAUGCUCUCUUUUUAAUGUCGUGGGCAAUCAGCACAAAAUCUCGCAGGAAUCCUCCAUUAUUCUCAGGAUUACAUUUCCACUCGCAGUGUGAUCAUAUAGUGGUAAAUUUAUACAACCAAAAUAGAAAAAGUUCAACACCAUUAACAUUGCAUGUUAAAUUUCCCUAAUGAAAGGAAUAUAGAAAUAUAUUUUAAAGCUGUACAUGAAACAAUGUAAAUUCUCUAAACAGUGUGGCACAGUCACAUACCUGCAUUCACAACAAAAAGGCAAUGGUUAGAAUGCUCUCUUUUUAAUGUCGUGGGCAAUCGGCACAAAAUCUAAACGGGAAAGCAACAACAGAGUUAGCUAACUAUGCUCCCAUUUUGUUUCCUCUCCUCCCAAUAAAUAAAUCUCACAUAAACGUGCACUCAGUUCAACAUAAAGACUGGAGAAAUGACCUGCAACAAAUGAUGUAUAAACAACAAAAAUAAUCGGGUCAGACUGUAUUACUUUAACAGCCUGCGAUAUGAUUUUUCCUCCUGUUAAGGUUCAAAAAUUGAGGAAGGAGAGUACAAACCACCCUUGGUCCAGAAGCUCUUGGUCAAACAAUGAUUUUUAAUGAAUACACACGUGUGGGAAGAACACUCUGUGCGCAGACAGCAAGUGGUCUUCGACUUACUCAAAGCAUACACAGAUUUUUAUACUGUCAGGGCUUAAAU